AUGGUUCGAUUAGUCUUUCGCCCUAUACCCAAAUUCGACGAUCGAUUUGCACGUCAGAACCGCUGCGAGCCUCCACCAGAGUUUCCUCUGGCUUCACCCUAUUCAGGCAUAGUUCACCAUCUUUCGGGUCCCCACAUUUACGCUCUUACUCAAAUCCAUCCGAAGACAUCAGGAUCGGUCGAUGAUGUUAGACUCCUUGGUCCGUGUUUCAAGACGGGUCGUUUGCGACCAUUAUGCCAGCGUCCGAGCCGAAGCGCGUUCCUCGGUCCGGGCUGGCCGCAUUGCACCCCUGGCUAUAAGGUGCCCCGGAGGGCACUACAUUCCAGGGGCCUUUGA